CUUUGUGCUUGAUCAAAUAUGUACACUGUCCUGUCGUUGUGUUGGCACGUUAUGGCGGCGCCGUGGCUCGUACUACUAUGCUGCGUACUGCCAUUGCUCGUUCAUUGCCAGUCCAUCGAGGACCAGUUGGGUGACAACAUGGACGCGCUGCGGCUCGUCCGCGUACUUCCAGAGCCCUCGUCGCCACAGAAGAUUCUGUGUUGGGUGAACACGUUCGACGAGAACCACAACCGGGCGCGGUCGAUCAAGGCGACGUGGGGCCAGCGUUGCGAUAAGCUCGUCUUUAUGAGCAACGUGGAAGACCUGUCCAUUCCCACGGCGCGCGUAGUCGCCCCCGCUACCCACUUGCAUCUGUGGCAAAAGCAUCGCGCUGUAGUUCGGCUCUUGUGGCGCGAAUACGGCGACGCGUAUGAUUGGAUCUUCAAAUGCGAUGACGAUACGUUUGUAUUGGUGGAGAACCUGCGGGCGUACGUGGCCACACAGUCGACAAAUAUGUCACGCCCGUUGCUUUUGGGCCAUCGCAUGACACUGCAGUGGUGGGAAAUGCAACGGGCAUUUGAAUGGUUCUACGGCCCAAACCUGCAAGCUACGAUGCACCCCAAGCACUUUGCCGCGUUUUCGGCUACCAAGACGGCUACAAUGCCCCAUGGCGGGCUAUACUACACGCCUGGGGGUGGUGGCUACGCGUUUAAUAUGGCUUAUUUAAAGCUGUUGGUGGAACAUCUAGACGAGCCGUUCUGUUUACCCGACGAAAUUGUACCCGAUGACUGGGCGAUUUCGUUUUGCAUGCGCUUUUUGGGCGUCGUUCCAGUCGAUACGAGAGAUUCUGCCCACCGCGAACGAUUCCAUCAGUAUUCCCCUGCCCGCAUCUACCACGAAGAUCACAACCCCGACGCGUUCGACCACGACUUGUAUCCGUCCAUUGAGUACGAAAACAACUGGUUCAGCGACCAUGGUGGCGGCAUCGGGUGGCAGAAUGCCAGUCAGUGCGCCGCGCCCGACACGAUUUCGUUCCAUUACAUCAAGCCACCGUUGAUGGAAUUGGUGGAAGCGUAUUAUUAUCCGCCAAACAAGUCGACUUCUCGCCUUCGAAGGGGGGGAUAACUUUUAUAAACGUAGUUCGAUAUCUGGAUGUAGUUGUAAGUUUUCGUGAAUUGGAAUCGUAGUCUUGUGGUCGCUGCAGUCACCAGUUUGGAAUUUCGCUGGUUGAUAACAUUGGCAUGUUCACAUCC